AGCUCCAAACACAGAUUUUGAAUAUGUGGCGGCGAAUAUGGCUCGGAAUAUACCAGGUCCACGACAACCACGGUCCUUAUCAUAUAGAGAGAUUGACUCAACUCUACCUGGGAGCAGGCAUGGCCGUGUCUGGUAUGAUCAAUAAGCCGGGAGACUCCUACGGACGCUACAAAACAGAAAAGGGGCCGUUAGGCCUGCUAGGGUGUGCACUUGCGAGCCAGGGUAUCAGUCGCCUCAGGCUAUUCGAAGGGUUAUCAAUCGAGUCACUCAAAGCCGUCAUCCAGCUUCUAGAGUCCUACAAACAUGAAGUCGCUGCAUUAGGCGAGGUUGGUUUGCGAGAAACCACGGAGCAUGAUGAGCAGGCAAUCCUAGAGCACUACCCACCACUAGCAGACCCGCUUGCACGCCGGCUUAUACAUCUUGAUGCUAGAUUAGAUGUGCUCGUGGCUGAUCUGGAAGAUGAACAUAUGGAGAUAUAUGGUGACUCGAUCGAGAGGAACGGAUGGCUAGUGAAGGAUAAAGUCUUUCCGAACAGAAAUCUUGUUGCGAUGAAACAGUCACAAUAGGACAAGAAGUUAUUUCAUGCAGGAAGAAAUAAAAGAGAAUUAUAAUUAAUCGUGGCUGAGGAACUCGGAAACUUUAAACAAACCUCAUACUUCCUUCCCUAACCCUUGCCCAAUAAUCAACCAUUUCCGCUAUCCUUUAGGAAGUUCACCCAGGUAUGGUAAGUAUAAAGCCACUAUUGAGACACUAUACCUCGUUCAUAUGGCAAUCAAACGAUCGGUGAUCUCAUGAAAUGUAGUUUUUACACCUUGGAGGGUCGGUGUAUAAAGUGUGAUCUGUGAAUUGAUCUUAAGCAUAUGACUAGGUUUCACAUGCUACCGCGUUCAUGGCAUUGCAGUAUCCAGAAACUGGCUGAAUACCAGUCUA